CACUUUUAAAACCGACCGCCCCUCUCGUUCACUCCAGCCUUCACCUACCUCGCUACACCGCCUGUACACCCAGCCAGCGACCGAGAGAGGCAGCCACUUGGAUCGCCAUGACCGCCACCUCGCGACCACAGCUCGCCGCUCACGCCAACGCCAACGGCACCCUGGCCCCGCCCACCAACGGCGCCGAGACCUUCGCCAAGUUCUUCGAGUGCUGGAUCUUGCAGCAGUCCCGCGACCUGGACGCGCUCCGUGCCGCGGCGGCGGCCGGUCCCGAAGACGACGCCGGCCUCCGGCGCCUGGUCGACCGGGUCCUCGGCCACUACGAGCACUACUACCGCGCCAAGUCCGCGGCCGCCUCCGACGACGUGCUCCCCAUGUUCGCCCCCUCCUGGAUCUCCGCCACCGAGACCCUCUACCUGUGGUGCGGCGGCUGGCGCCCCACCGCCGCGCUCCAGCUGCUCUACUCCAAGUCCGGCGCGCAGCUCGAGGCCCAGCUCCCGGCCUUCCUCGACGGCGGUGACCUCCACGACGGCGACCUCGGCGGCCUCUCCGCCGACCAGCUCCAGGCCGCGGACCAGCUCCAGCGCCGCACCAUCCGGAGCGAACGGGAGAUCGACGAGGCCGCCGCCAGCGCGCAGGAGUCGCUGGCCACGGUGAAGAUGGUGGAGCUCUCCGCAGGCGGCGGCGCGGCGGAGGAGGGGAUGGAGCGGGAGAUGGAUGCGAAGGCGGAGGGGAUGAGGCGGGUGCUGGAGAUGGCGGACGGGCUCAGGAUGGACACGCUGCGCGCCGUCGUGGCGCUGCUCCGCCCGCCGCAGGCCGUGCACUUCCUCGUCGCCGCCGCCGAGCUCCACCUCUCCGUGCACGACUUCGGUCGCCGCAAGGACGAGGCCAAGUGAGCCUGCGGCGGCGCGUGCCCGCUCGAUUGAUCUGUGCCCGUCGGCGCCCGCGCGAUUGCUCUGUGCUCGUCUUGUGGUCAACGCGAGCUGGCGCGAUAAGCAUUGACCGCGCCGCUCUCCCGUCUGGUUUCGUGUAAUCUGUGUAAUGUGUUCUGCACUUCUGCCUCAUUGUCAAUCUGUCGCGAGGCUACCACGUGGCAGAAAGUGGUCAGACCAGCGUGAUUUUAGCUAAUAUUGUACACUAAUAUUUUCCAACCUAUAUUUGUAAGGAUUUGUUAGUUCUGAGCUGAACUAAGUUUAUGCUCGUGAAAUCCUA